UUUAAUUUAUGCGGUGAACGAAAAUAUUUGGUAGAGUGGACUACUUCGGCAUUCAUGCUUGGCAAUAUGGUCGGUGCUAGCACUUUGACACGGUUAUCAGAUAAGAUUGGACGACGUCCGAUCCUUAUUUCCAGCUUGCUGAUACUCGGAAUUACUGGAUCACUUUCGGCACUUGCUUCUGGUAUCAUCUCGCUUACACUUGGCCGCUUCGUACAAGGAAUAUGCUCGCCGGUUUGUGCUUUAAUGAAUUUUUCCGACAAGAGCGAUUGCAAAUGGAUGUUUUUCAUCCAGGAGAAAAAAUGCAUUCAUAAGACCUUACUGAGAACCUUGCAUCAUAAAACCUUGCUGCAGAUAAAUCGAAAAUUUUUUUUACCUGGUAUAUUCUAGCC